AUGGCAGAUUUUCAGAUUCCGAGAAAAUUAGUAUCUGAUUGGGAGCCUAGCAAUUUAAUCAGUAAUCGAGUUCAGGCGGAUUCGGUUUGCAAUCACCGAAAACUAAAUUCUGAUAAGCUACCAGAGAUGAAAUGGUGGCUACAUGUGAAGAGUAAUAUGGAGUGUGAUACUGAUGCUGAUUAUUCCUGCAAAACUGAGGAGUUUGGUGCCUUGUACGCGGAGUUUCUUGAUGGAAAUGUUAAGAAUGGUGAAGAUCAGUCUAUUAUUGACUCUGAUGCGCUUUCUUAUAUUGGAAGUGAUCAUUUAUCCGUGGAUCAGCCACGGAAUGUAUCUUCUACGUGUAUGAAAAACAACAAUAGCAGAAUGCCGAAAAUUGAGGCUUCGAUGAAUAACAAUUUUAGUCCCAAGAAGAAAGAUUGGAAGGAGUUUGGAUUUUCGGAUGGUCAUUUUAUGGACUGCGAUGUUUCUGAAUUCUCUGUCUCUGAGAAAAUGGCAACAUGUUUGAUGGGAAAUGAGAAACCCGGGCCUUGGUGGCGUAGUGCUGGAAAAGAUGAGUUAGCUUCUUUGGUUGCUCAGAAGUCACUUGAGCAUGUGGAAAAUUGUGAUCUCCCUCGUCCGCAGCCUAAGCAUUUCGGGCAGAGAUUCUCAAAGGGGGUUGAGAUUGAUCGUGAUAAGAUAAAGUCAUCGUCUAUAAACCAGAAAGCCGAGACUUGUUCUUCUAAUGCAGAUGGUUAUACAUCUGGAACACCGAAUCCUGACUGUUCUUUUCAGGAUUCAAGCACUCAUUUCAGUUCUGGCCGGAGCAAAGAUUGUCAAAUAAAUUCUGAGAACAGCAGCAUUACCGAGCUGUUAGAAGCAUUGUGUCAUUCUCAAACAAGAGCAAGAGAGGCUGAGGAAGCAGCGCAACAAGCCUACAACGAGAAGGAGCAUAUCGUGAGUCUUUUCUUCAAACAGGCUUCUCAGCUCUUUGCAUACAAGCAAUGGUUCUACAUGCUGCAGCUUGAGAAUCUUUGCCUUCAACUCAGAAACAAAAACCAACCAUUGUUAAGUCUCUCUCCGCAAAGGGGAAAGAACUUUAAGAAAAACCGUGGCAGAGCUGAAAAGAAAAAGAUUAGUCACAGAAAAUGUGGAAUUAGAAAAUGCGUCGUCGCGCUUGCGGUGGGUUUAAGUCUUGUUAGUGCAGGUUUUCUUCUUGGUUGGACCAUGGGAUGGAUGUUUCCUUCAAUGUAA